AUGACUACCGGAACCCCACUUCCCGCUUUUAAGCACGACCCACUUCCCGAACAUAAGUCACAUUUCCGCCUACUCCGCAUCAUUAGCGGUGACUUCGGGCAACACGUUGAAUGCAAGAUAUUUACCUGGCCCAUUGGCGAGGCACCGCCUUACUACGCAAUUUCAUAUGUGUGGGGCGAUGCCAAUGAGACGACAGACAUUACGGUCAACGGCAGUCGUCUCGAGGUGCGGCGUAACUGCGAGUACGCGCUCCAGCAGGCCUUUGCCACCAAAGCCUGUAAACAUGUAUGGGUAGAUGCUAUCUGCAUUGACCAAACGGCUGAGGAAAAGAAUCACCAAGUCGGAAUCAUGGACCAAAUCUACUCGGGAGCAAAGCAUGUUCUGGCAUGCCGCUGUGAACUCAUAUUCAAUGUACAUCCCGAGCUUUACAUUUCUGCAUCAUAA